AUGUGUUCGUCUUCGACAUCGUUUUGUUUGUUUCAAAGAAAAAAUACUAAUGGCCUUCGUACGGGUCGUGUAUUAAAAUCUAAUUCUCAUCUUUCAUCACCAAAUAAACUUUAUUAUUUGACAUUACAAGAUGAUGAUAAUUUAGUCUUAUACCGUGGUAAAAAUUUUAUAUCGAAAAAUAUACUAUGGGCAUCGAAUACAGUUAAUGAAGCACAACUUAGUCGUCCAACACAGUUAAGAGUACAAUCAGAUGGCAAUUUGGUUUUAUAUGAUAGUAAAAAUCACGUGGUAUGGUCAACAAAUACACAAGGAAAAGGAGACGGACCAUAUCAAUUGUUAGUAGAAGAUGAUGGAGAUGUUGUUCUGUAUGAUUCGACGAAUGAAGUAAUGUGGUCAUCAAAUGGACAUCGAAUAUGGUAUCAUUCCCGUCUAGCGCCGUCGAGGGUUAACUGUUAUUUAGUCGCGAAGAGUAAUUGUCUUCGUGCGGGUCAUACAUUAAAUUCUAAUUCCCAUCUUUCGUCACCAAAUCAACUUUAUCAUUUGAAAUUACAAAAUGAUGAUAAUUUAGUCUUAUACCGAAGUAAAAUUUUUCCAUCGGAAAAUGCACAAGUAAUAUGGUCAUCGAAUACAUGGAAUGAGGCACCAUCAACUGGUCCAACACAGUUAAAAAUGCAAUACGACGGAAAUUUGGUUUUAUACGAUAGUAAAGGUCGUCCAUUCUGGGCAUCAAACACAUAUGACCAUGAACAUGAUGAAGGCUCGUAUAAGUUGUUAGUAGAAGAUGAUGAAAAUGUUGUUGUAUAUAAUUCGAUAAAAAAACGGUCCUGGAUGCCGGGCAACUGUCUUGGUAUGGAUUCUGUACUGAAAUCUAAUUCUUAUCUUUCAUCACCAAAUCAACUUUAUCAUUUGAAAUUACAAAAUGAUGACAAUUUGGUAUUAUAUCGUUGUAAAAAUUUUCCAUCGGAAAAUGCACAAGUAAUAUGGACAUCGAAUACAUGGAAAAAAGCAAAACUUCGUCCUACGCGGUUGGUAAUAACAGAAGAUGGAAGUAUGGCUUUGUGUGAUGCUUAUCAUAGUUUCUGGUCAACAAAUACACAAGGGAAAGGACAGAGUCCAUAUCAAUUGUUAGUAGAAGAUGAUGGAAAUGUUGUUCUAUACGAUUCGAUGGACGAAGUAAUAUGGUCAACAGGAACACAUCAUUAA